CGAAAGCCAUGGCAUCAAAGCUCAUACUACUCGGCUUACUCAUGAACCUUCUUGUGUUCACAGAUGCGCAAGUAGGCGUGUGCAAUGGGCGAGUCGGUGAUGGUUUGCCCUCAGAGCAAGAUGUGGUGACCUUUUACAGAAGCAAUGGAAUAACUAGAAUGCGAAUCUAUGAUCCAAAUCAAGCUACUCUUCGAGCUCUGCAAGGAACAAAUAUUGAACUCAUCCUCGAUGUUCCUAAUGAUGUUCUGCAAUCCCUCAACGAUCAAAAUGCUGCUAACACGUGGGUCAGAAACAACAUCCAGAACUUCCCUGGAGUCAGGUUCAGAUACAUUGCUGUUGGAAAUGAAGUCGAUCCAAAUAAUGAAAGUAGGCGAUUCGCCAAUUUUGUACUCUCGGCCAUGAGAAAUCUCCACGGUGCCAUUAGAGCCGCGGGACUAGGGAAUCAAAUCAAGGUGUCCACUGCAACCUACACCGGUCUCAUAGUGAAUUCCUUUCCGCCGAGCAAUGGUGCAUUUAAUGACAAUGUGCGAGGAUUUAUAGAGCCAAUAAUAAGAUUUCUAGCAGCAAACAACUUGCCAGUCCUUGCCAACAUCUACCCCUACUUUGGUUACCUUGGCGACCCUAACGGAAAUCUUCCAUAUGCAUUGUUCACUGCACCAGGAACGGUUGUGAAUGAUAACGGUCGACUGUACUCCAAUCUUUUCACUGCCAUGUUAGAUGCUCACUAUGCGGCUCAAGCACGUGUUGGUGGAGAGAAUGUGGAAAUUGUUGUGUCGGAGAGUGGAUGGCAGUCAGCAGGUGGUCGUGCAGCAAUUGUGGAAAAUGCUGGAACUUAUAAUAACAAUUUGAUCAAAUAUGUGAAAAGCACGACAGGGUCACCAAGGAAGCCAGGAAGAACUAUAGAGACAUAUAUAUUUGCCAUGUUUGAUGAAAACAGAAAGCCCGGAGCAGAAACGGAAAAACAUUUCGGGCUUUUCUCUCCAAAUCGACAACCCAAAUAUCAAGUGAACUUUUAACUAAAGAAAGACACUCGUAUACAAAAAUAAAGUGGUUUUCCAUUAUCAAAUAAAGAAGGUUGGUUAUGCAUGGUCUACUUCCAAAUCUUAAAGAGAUUUGAUCAAGGGGUUGGCUUAUACUGUGUCCCAUAUCUGAAUAAAAACUGUCAUUUUUUUUCUUUUACUUAAAGGCUCGUAUUUGUUAUGGUUGAUAUAUUUGCAGGUAAAAAAUAGUUCAUAUUUUCCUUUUGAAGUAUGUAUAAUUUAUAUACUAUAAAUGGAACUCAUAUGUACUUUCAAA